AAGAACAAGACGAAUAAAGAAGCGACGGUUCGGUCUUGUUGUGUUUUGCUGCUACACGCAGCUCUUUCGGUGCCGAAAUGCGCAUCGAAAAGUGUUAUUUCUGUUCGGGACCAGUUUAUCCCGGUCAUGGUGUUAUGUUUGUACGGAACGACUGCAAGAUGUUCAGAUUCUGCAAAUCCAAAUGUCACAAGAACUUCAAGAAGAAGCGCAACCCAAGAAAGACAAGAUGGACCAAAGCUUUCAGAAAGGCUGCUGGGAAAGAGCUGACAGUGGACAACUCUUUGGAGUUUGAGAAACGUAGAAAUAUUCCAGUGAAAUAUAAGAGGGAGCUGUGGGACAGGACAGUGGAGGCAAUGAAAAAGGUAGAGGAAAUAAAAGUGAAACGACAGACAAGAUUCAUCAUGAACAGAUUAAAGAAGGGCAAACAGCUGGAGAAAGAAGAGGCCAUCAGCGAAGUGAAGAAAAAUGUUCACCUCAUCAAAGCCCCCCAUGCAGGAAAAGCCAAACAGUUGGAAGACAAAAUGGUGCAGAGGUUACAAGAAGAUGUGGAAAUGGGGGAUGAAGAUGAUUAACUCAAAACCCAGUCAUUGUUUUGUGUCUUUGUCUCAACUCGGCUGCUGAUUGGUCAUUUUAAUUGAAGUUCAGAAUUUCCAUGAAUAGCCUCAAUCGGACGUGGUAAAGAAUCACCAGUGAACAUAAUAGUUUCUUUUUUUUUAUUAAAUGGUUGUCAGAACUGCCUGACCGAAUUUGUUCUUUUUGCUUUGGGAAAAAGUUCUUAUAUCCGUGUGAAAAGGUUGCCAACAAUAAAGUGAAAUUUAACUGGG